CUCUGAUCAUAUCAUUCCUCCUUUCCUCCUGAGCAGAGAGAGAGAGAGAGAGAGAGGGCGAAGGAGAGCGCAGAAAAAUCAUCAGAUCGCCUGAAAAUCUCCCGAGUUAGGGCUUCUAUUUCUCCCCCAAAUCGCACGACAUCAAUCCCCACAUGCAGAUCCUUGUCCGUCUGUGAUUGACGGUCUCGAUUUAUCCCGGGGCUUCAAUUCCUGUGAACUCCGCAUCAGAUCCUGAGAUAGGGCAUCUUCGCCCAUGGGUUUCUUCAUAACGACCCUGAUCUUCAUCUUGGCAGGCGUCGUUGCCGCUCUUUCCGUCAGGCUGUGCUGCAACAAGGGCCCUUCCGUCAAUCUGUUGCACUUAACGUUGGUCAUUACUGCAACGGUUUGUUGUUGGAUGAUGUGGGCCAUCGUAUAUCUUGCGCAACUCAAUCCACUAAUUGUUCCGAUCCUCAACGAAGGGGAGUGAGGCAUUAAUUGAAGCGUUGCAGAACCUUCCAAUGUUCCUUGAGGUAGUCAAAAACAUGCACAAACUGUCACCGAAAAUCCCAGCAAAUUCAGUGCUAGAAACGUCGUUUCUGAUGUUUCUGCAUGGUAUGGUGUUGAUCUCUGUGUGCUCAACUGAGACUGCUCUUUUAACCCUUUGACCAUCGCUAGGAUUUACUGUGGUUGUUACAUUGAGAUAAAAUAAAUUCCAUUGUUGAAAUGAGAUGAACCGAGAAAAAAAAAAACUCUCUCUCUCUCU